AGGGCUGUUUCUCAGGGAACAGUGCAAUAAAACCAGGAAUUGUACUUUAGCUUUAGACAGGCUACUUCAGGCUAGAAAGCUGAUCAAACAGAUGGGAAGUUCUUUACAGAGUGUGUAAAUCUUUAGAAUACACUUCUCAUAUCUAAACUCAGUUGUACAGAUGCGGUAUAAAAAGCUGUUUCUAUUUAUUCUUAAAGAGCUGAACUGAAGCACGAAGACAGAGUGCAGGUGAAAGUGAAAGCAGAGCUGAACUGAAGCACGAAGACAGAGUGCAGGUGAAAGUGAAAGCAGUGAAAUGAAGAUGAGAUUCCUGGGGAGGACAUGUCUCAUUGUCUUGAGUUUGCUACCAGCUGUUUCUACACAAGGACGAUGGACUGUUGUUGGCUCUGAUCAGCCUGUCAUUGCUGAGGCUGGUGAUGAUGUCAUCCUGCCCUGUCACAUUUCACCCAGAGUCAGUGCUGUGGACAUGGAAGUGAGGUGGUUCAGGGACAGAUUCAACAGGCCUGUUCAUUUAUAUCUGAACCAAAGGGAUCAGCUCAACAUACAGGACAGUGACUACCGGGACCGCACUGCUCUCCCUCCCUCUGCACUGCAGACAGGCAAUAUCUCACUGCAACUGAGAAACAUCCGGCCCUCUGAUAGUGGCGUCUAUACCUGCUAUGCUGAUGGUGGAAGUUGGUAUGAAGAAGGACAGACUGAAGUGAUAGUCACAGCUCUGGGGACCCAGCCCUCAAUCUCUAUGGACUCUACACAAGGAGAGCAGACCCGGCUGGUGUGCAGAUCAGAGAGGUGGAGCUCUGAACCUGAAGUGAUCUGGCGAGACAGGGAUGGAAACAAUGUGACAUCACUGUCCAGCCCAACAGUGCAGAGGGACAGUCAGGGGUUCCUCAGUGUCAGCAGCUACAUCAAAAUAAAACAGCAAUCCAACGUGUUCUCCUGUCUGGUUAGAAGUAAAACACCCAAACCAAACUGGGAAUCCAAACUCCACAUAUCCAGUGAUUUUUUCCCAGGAGUCUCUGGAUGGAUGGUGGCUUUCUUCUUGACUUUAGCUCUCAGUAUUGGAGCCAUUCCUCUGCUGGUGUUCCAAUGGAGAAGAAUGGAUGCCAUGGAGAGACAGUUUGAGCCUAAGGCUGCUAAGUGCCUUCGUAAGGAACUUGAGUCUGUGAAGCGAGAGGUCCCUAAAUCAGCAUGGAAGUGGAUCCUCAGCUCAGCAGUUGAUGUGACUCUGGACCCUGAUACAGCGUACCCCUAUCUCAUCCUGUCUGCGGAGGGGAAACGAGUGAGACUGGGAGAGACACGGCAGGAUCUCCCUGACAAUCCAGAGAGAUUUGAUUACUGGUGGUGUGUGCUGGGCAGGGAGAGCUUCACCUCGGAGAGACGCUACUGGCAGGUGCAGGUGGGGGGGAAUACAAACUGGAGAUUAGGAGUCAGCAGAGAGUCUGCCGAGAGGAAGGGGGAGUUCAGCAUGACCCCCCAGCAGGGUUAUUGGACUGUGAGGUGGGGGAGUGGAGGUGAGUUCACUGCUCUCACUGACCCCCAGACCCCCCUCCCCCGGAGCCUGAAGCCCCAGAAGCUGGGGGUGUAUCUGGAUUAUGAGGAAGGGCAGCUCUCCUUUUACAAUGUGGAGACCAGAUCUCACAUCUACACUUUCACUGACAUGGAGCUCAAUCCCAAUGAGAAACUCUAUCCAUUCUUCUAUACUCUGGACAGUAAUACAGACCUUGUGCUGGAGUCCCCUGACCCUGACCCUGUCAGCGCUGCAGAUUAAACACACAUUGCUGUCUGAACCAGGAAACUAUUCAAACAGCUCAGACAAUCUCCUCUUCACUUUCACUGACACUCUCUGCACUCUUCUGGGCUGAUGAGAAGAAAUCCUCUCUCUUCCACCCUCUUACCCGGAGCCCCUCCUCUUUAUUUCUCUACACCCCCUUUCCUACUCUCCCUUCCCGUCUCCCUCUCUCUUUCCCCUCCACCUCUCCAUCUCCAGAUCCCUCUUUCUCUCCUCUUCUGCUCUCCUCUCUUUUUCUCUCUCUUCUCUCUUAUAUAAUAAUCCCCUCCCUCUCAUUUUCUCUCUCUUCCCUCUUAUAUAAUAAUCCCCUCCCUCUCUUUUUCUCUCUCUUCCCUCUUAUAUAAUAAUCCCCUCCCUCUCUUUUUAUCUCUCUUCCCUCUUAUAUAAUAAUCCCCUCCCUCUCUUUUUCUCUCUCUUCCCUCUUAUAUAAUAAUCCCCUCCCUCUCUUUUUCUCUCUCUUCCCUCUUAUAUAAUAAUCCCCUCCCUCUCUUUUUCUCUCUUCCCUCUUAUAUAAUAAUCCCCUCCCUCUCUUUUUCUCUCUCUUCCCUCUUAUAUAAUAAUCCCCUCCCUCUCUUUUUCUUUCUCUCCCCUCUUAUAUAAUAAUCCCCUCCCUCUCUUUUUCUCUUUCUCCUCUUCUGCUCUCCUCUCUUUUUCUCUCUCUUCUCUCUUAUAUAAUAAUCCCCUCCCUCUCUUUUUCUCUCUCUUCCCUCUUAUAUAAUAAUCCCCUCCCUCUCUUUUUCUCUCUUCCCUCUUAUAUAAUAAUCCCCUCCCUCUCUUUUUCUCUCUCUUCCCUCUUAUAUAAUAAUCCCCUCCCUCUCUUUUUCUUUCUCUCCCCUCUUAUAUAAUAAUCCCCUCCCUCUCUUUUUCUCUUUCUCCUCUUCUGCUCUCCUCUCUUUUUCUCUCUCUUCCCUCUUAUAUAAUAAUCCCCUCCCUCUCUUUUUCUCUCUCUUCCCUCUUAUAUAAUAAUCCCCUCCCUCUCUUUUUCUCUCUCUUCCCUCUUAUAUAAUAAUCCCCUCCCUCUCUUUUUCUCAUUCUCUUCCCUCUUAUAUAAUAAUCCCCUCCCUCUCUUUUUCUCUCUCUUCCCUCUUAUAUAAUAAUCCCCUCCCUCUCUUUUUCUUUCUCUUCCCUCUUAUAUAAUAAUCCCCUCCCUCUCUUUUUCUCUCUCUUCCCUCUUAUAUAAUAAUCCCCUCCCUCUCUUUUUCUUUCUCUCCCCUCUUAUAUAAUAAUCCCCUCCCUCUCUUUUUCUCUUUCUCCUCUUCUGCUCUCCUCUCUUUUUCUCUCUCUUCCCUCUUAUAUAAUAAUCCCCUCCCUCUCUUUUUCUCUCUCUUCCCUCUUAUAUAAUAAUCCCCUCCCUCUCUUUUUCUCUCUCUUCCCUCUUAUAUAAUAAUCCCCUCCCUCUCUUUUUCUCUCUCUUCCCUCUUAUAUAAUAAUCCCCUCCCUCUCUUUUUCUUUCUCUUCCCUCUUAUAUAAUAAUCCCCUCCCUCUCUUUUCUCUCUCUUCCCUCUUAUAUAAUAAUCCCCUCCCUCUCUUUUUCUCUCUCUUCCCUCUUAUAUAAUAAUCCCCUCCCUCUCUUUUUCUCUCUCUUCCCUCUUAUAUAAUAAUCCCCUCCCUCUCUUUUUCUCUCUCUUCCCUCUUAUAUAAUAAUCCCCUCCCUCUCUUUUUCUCUCUCUUCCCUCUUAUAUAAUAAUCCCCUCCCUCUCUUUUUCUUUCUCUUCCCUCUUAUAUAAUAAUCCCCUCCCUCUCUUUUUCUCUCUCUUCCCUCUUAUAUAAUAAUCCCCUCCCUCUCUUUUUCUUUCUCUUCUCUCUUAUAUAAUAAUCCCCUCCCUCUCUUUUUCUUUCUCUUCCCUCUUAUAUAAUAAUCCCCUCCCUCUCUUUUUCUCUCUCUUCCCUCUUAUAUAAUAAUCCCCUCCCUCUCUUUUUCUCUCUCUUCCCUCUUAUAUAAUAAUCCCCUCCCUCUCUUUUUCUCUCUUCCCUCUUAUAUAAUAAUCCCCUCCCUCUCUUUUUCUCUCUUCCCUCUUAUAUAAUAAUCCCCUCCCUCUCUUUUUCUCUCUUCCCUCUUAUAUAAUAAUCCCCUCCCUCUCUUUCUGAUCACAGUAGCCGUUGUGCGGCCAAGACUAAUAUUUUGCGCUACUUUUGAGUCCUUAAAAAUGUCUUUCAGCACAUCAGUCAAAUGAUCAGCGGCUCGCAAGGCUAUGUUAUGCUCAGACAAAAAUCCAGAAAGCUUCAGCUCUGCAGUUUUAACAGCAGUUUCUAAAUUUACGUUUUCAGUACUCACAUGCAUGCACUGUGUGAUUGACAUCUGAUUCGGAGCCAAACAUUCUACUCUCCCUCUCCAUCCUCUCUACUCUCCCUCUCUCCACCCUGCCUUCUCUACUCUCCCUCUCUCCUCCCUGCCUUCUCCUCUCUCCCUCUCUCCUCCAUCCUCUCUACUCUCCCUCUCUCCUCCCUGCCUUCUCCUCUCUCCCUCUCCUCCCUGCCUUCUCUACUCUCCCUCUCUCCUCCAUCCUCUCUACUCUCCCUCUCUCCACCAUCCUCUCUACUCUCCCUCUCUCCUCCAUCCUCUCUACUCUCCCUCUCUCCUCCAUCCUCUCUACUCUCCCUCUCUCCUCCCUGCCUUCUCCUCUCUCCCUCUCUCCUCCCUGCCUUCUCUACUCUCCCUCUCUCCUCCAUCCUCUCUACUCUCCCUCUCUCCACCAUCCUCU